UGUUAGACAGGGAACCAAUUGUGUGCGUCAGUGCGUCUCGUCGUCUGUCCUUGCACAGUUGCUUGUCAAGAGAAUAUCUGCGACAUUGAGAUUUAUUUUGUAGAAGAUGUUGCAAAAUACAGGUAAACUGGCAGGAUGCACCCUCUUCAUCACUGGAGCUAGCCGAGGUAUUGGAAAGGCCAUUGCGCUGAAAGCUGCCAAGGAUGGUGCCAAUAUAGUGAUAGCAGCAAAGACUUCACAGCCUCAUCCUAAAUUGCCUGGGACAAUUUACACAGCUGCAGAGGAAAUUGAAGCAGCUGGAGGGAAGGCCUUUCCUUGUGUGGUCGAUGUGAGAGAUGAACAGCAGGUCAGUAAUGCUGUGGAAGAAGCUGUGAAGAAGUUUGGAGGUAUUGACAUAUUGGUGAAUAAUGCAAGUGCCAUUAAUUUAACUGGUACUGUGGAAACCCCCAUGAAGAAAGUUGAUCUCAUGUUAAAUAUCAAUCUAAGAGGGACAUAUCUGACAUCCAAAUAUUGUGUUCCAUACCUUCGAAAAAGCAAAAAUCCGCACAUUUUGAAUCUUAGUCCACCACUCAACUUGAAACCUGUCUGGUUCAAGAAUCACACAGCGUACACUAUUGCUAAAUAUGGAAUGUCCAUGUGUGUCCUGGGAAUGGCAGAAGAAUUCAAAGGAGAAAUUGCAGUUAAUGCAUUGUGGCCAAGAACUGCUAUAUUGACAGCUGCCAUGGAAAUGUUGGGGGGAGGAGGAGUGGCAAAGCAGUGUCGAAAGCCAGACAUCAUGGCGGACGCCGCUUAUUCCAUUCUGAGCCGCCCUGUAACGUUUACUGGCAACUUUGUCAUUGAUGAUGAUCUGCUCCAGAAAGAAGGAAUCAAAGAUUUUGAUGUGUAUGCAGUAGCUCCUGGUCACCCUCUGCUCCCUGACUUCUUUCUUGAUGAUGAACCAGAGGCUUUGGCAGAGAAGAUGGAAGAGUAUGGUGCUUCUCCUGCAUUUAAAAGUGGAAAAGCCAAGACGGAGAGCAGCAGCCCUGUGACUGAGACCUUUGAAAUUAUAAAAGGAAUUCUAAACCCUGAUGUCGUCAAGUCUACACAAGGCAUUUAUAAAUUUGACCUCUCUGGGGAACACUCGGGCAUCUGGUACAUUGACUUGAAGAACGGCUCAGGCAGUGCGGGCAGUGGGGAUCCUCAAGACAAACCUGAUGUGACCAUGAGCAUGGACAGCGCUGAUUUUGUGAAGAUGUUCUCAGGAAACCUUAAACCAACCAUGGCUUUUAUGUCUGGCAAACUGAAGAUUAAAGGAGACAUGGGCUUGGCUAUUAAAAUGGAGAAGAUGAUGGGACAGUUGAAACCUAAACUGUAAUUUUCUAAAGCAGGUAAUAAAUAUUUUCAGAAAAUGCC